AGAAUAUUAAAAUUACAUAUAAAGACAUCCCAAAGCCACACGCACAAUUCGCAGCAGCAACAGCGACGCUUUGGUACCAAGCACCAACUUUUCGUCUUUUUUUUUUUUUUUUCUGUUUCCUUCAGACAAAGACUUCCUUAAUCCUAAGGAACUUGUCUCUCAGACAAAGAGGAACUCUUAGUUUUCAACAACAAAGACGGUGAAGGAGAGAAAGAGAUGGAAAGAAAGGGAUUAGUUUUAUGCAGUGUUGUGGCUUUUUUGGGAGUAUUAGCAGCCGCUACUGGUUUUGCUGCUGAAGCUACUAGGAUUAAGGCUUCGGAAGUUAAGUUUGUCUCCACUACACAAUGUUCUUAUCCCCGGAGUCCUGCACUUGGUCUUGGCUUAACUGCAGCAGCAGCACUUCUGAUAGCUCAAAUAAUUAUUAAUUUCGCAACUGGGUGUAUUUGCUGCAAAAGGACCCGUCAAACUUGGAACUCUAACUGGACAAAAGCUCUUAUCUUCUUUGUCGUUUCUUGGUUCACAUUUGUUAUAGCAUUCCUUCUCUUGCUAACUGGUUCUGCACUCAAUGAUCAACAUGGUGAAGACAGUGUGUACUUUAGUAACUAUUACUGCUAUGUUGUGAAACCUGGAGUUUUUGCUGGGGGAGCUGUCUUAGCCAUUGCAAGUGUCAUUCUUGGAAUCUUGUAUUAUCUCACCCUAAAUACGGCAAAGAACGCAACUGGUCCUUGUGGCGAUGCACCUGUUCCUAAUCAAGGUAGCAUGGCCAUGGGACAACCUCAAUUCCCACCCCGAAGCUCUCAAGAUCCUGUUUUUGUACAUGAGGAUACUUAUAACAGGCGGCAGUUCACUUGAUCAUAAAAUUUCCCAUCGAAACACUUGAUGGAUUUUCUCUGGGUGUCGGGCAUUUUGGCUCCAGUUAUUCUUGAAAUCAGUUUCCUUGCAUUUUGGGGACUCACCCCCAUGGAAAGGGAGCAGGAUGUUAUCAAGCUUUUAUUGAAUUGCAAAAGUUCUUUCUUCCUUUUUUUUUCUUUUUU